AUGGAUAAUCCGGAAAUUCAGAAAUUAGUUAACUUACAAGAAUCUUUAAAGAAACUAACGAUGAAUUCGAUUAUCGACACUUACAACAUGCUAAUCAAUGACGGAUAUCAUCAAACAAUUCAUCAAGUCAAAUUCAUUACACAAGAGAUAGUAUACGCAAGUCAAGCAUUUCCUCAGAACAAUGAAGCAUAUUGUGCACUCUUAGUUGAAUUAUAUAACAAUAAAAACGAAAAUAAUUUUCUUCAUUUAAUUCCGACUUUUUUACGUCCAUUAACAAACAAUCAUAUCAACUAUAGAUUACUCAGACGAUGUAUUCAUGCAGGAACUUUUACUAUUGAUUCAUUAUUACCAUUAUUUCCUCUUGAUAACGGUUUGUUUACAUUUAUGUGCUUUGCAGAUCUUGUAAAAGAGAAAUGCAACUCCAGAUACAAUGAUAUUAAAGCCGGAAUUAAGAAAGGCGAAUCCGCGAUUUUCAAAGAAAUAAAAGACUCGGACGAAUACGAAAAGAACAAUUUCGACAAGCUCACCAAAUUCAUAGAAUCCGGCUGGAUACCAGAAACCAUCCAAUAUCACAUACAACAAGAUGAUUUAGAAUAUUUACAAAAUUAUAUCAACGAGAAACGAAGCGAAGGCAAUUUUGACAUUUCCGCCAAGCUAGAUUGUUCAUCCUUACUAUCCAGAGUCAUCGAUCCCAUAUUGACAGACGCAUCUUUGAUAGAAUACGCUUGUUUUUAUGGUUCCGUUAAAUGUUUCAAGUUUCUUGUUGAAAGUGAUGUUCCUCUAACCGAAUCCUUAGUUCCUUUUGCAUGUUCAGGCGGAAAUUUAGAAAUUGUUCAUAUAAUUUCCCGCAAGAACAUUAAAAUGUUCAAAGGGGCCAACCAAGCAAUCAUGUACCGUCAUACCGAUCUAUUCAAAUGGCUUCUAGAGUUUUCCAGAUCUACGACCACGGAACGAAAUACGGCCAUGCAGUACGCCUGCAGGUACCACAACGUCGAUGCCAUGUUGGAGCUCAUGCAAGGACCAAUAGAUAUGAACCAGAGUACGAAUGCUUUAAGUAUUUUACAAUUAGAUAAUUUGGCCUUGCUUCAGUUGGCCAAAUCACGUGGAUGCAACUUCCGCCAUAUUGCUUGUGCAUGCCAGGCAGCUCGUAGUGGCAAUUCGGACAUUCUUAGCUACUUAGUCAAAAAUCAUACAAUAAUUUACGAUCCGAAAGAGCUAGAUUUCCUUCCACUUAUAGAUGCAACGUAUGGAGCCAACCCUGAGUGCUUCAGAAUCCUUCUAGAUGCAGGUUUGAAUCCUAAUGUGGCUAAUCGCGAGCAAACAUUGAUGCAAGCAGCUUGCGCAAUGCCAUCAUUAGAAAUCAUUAAGUUACUAACUUCUCAUGGUGCUUAUAUAAACGAUAUCGUACAAAAAGUGACAAAUCCUGACAAACCGAUAACUAUUGCAGCACGAAAUGGCUAUUUAGAUAUUGUUAAACACUUGGUUGAACAUGGAGCAGAAUAUGAUACAGAAACACAGAUAAAUACAACAACAAGACUGUUAAGUCCUUUAUCAGCAGCAGCACAAUCAGGACAUUUAGAUGUUGUCAAAUAUUUGGUUGAAAUAAAUUGUAAUCCAACAGAAAAUGGAUCAUUGCCGAUGAUUUUGGCCAGUCAAAAUAAUCAUCCUGAUGUUGUUGAAUAUUUAUUACAACAAGCGAAAUACAAAGAAAAAGCUUUGAUGCAUACUUUCACUUUUGCUGUUAAAAACAUGGAUUUGGAUACAAUGGAUAGAUUAAUAAAUAUUGGGGCUUCUCUGGAAUUAAAGGAUAAUGAAGGAUUAACAAUUCUUCAUCAUGCAGCAACAACAAAUGUAACUGUUAUGCAGAAAUUACUUAAUUGCAAAGGUUGUAACCCAACAAUUAAGGAUUCGAAAGGAAAUCCACCAAUUUUGACUGCUUUGGAUUGUGAUAAUUAUCCGAUUUUGAGUUUACUUUCUAAAAUUAAAGGUGUUCUGAAUGAUUCGAAUUCAAUUGGUAAAACACCGCUUCAUAUUGCAGUAGAUAAUUUGAAUUUCGAUGCUGUUGAUUUAUUCUUAAAUAAUGGAGCAAAUCCGAAUGCGAAAGAUAAUAAAGGAUUGACACCACUUCUUUGUUUAGUUACUCAAUCCCCUUCUGCUGAAAGAGAGACAAUGAUCUCUAUUCUUUUGAAUGCAGGAGGUGAUUGCAAUAUCGUUGAUUCUCUCGGAAGAAAUUCUUUCCAUAGAAUUGUAAUGAAUUCGCCAAGUUUGAGUGAAAUUGAUUUAUUCCUUUCUCAUCUUAAGGAACUGAAUACAUCUGAUAAGAAUGGAAAACCAAUGAUUUUGGAUGCAACGAAAUCAUCUCUUCCUGUUUUCGAUUACAUUGUUUCUUUCGGAGGAAACAUUAAUCUGACUGACCAGGAAGGAAAUACUUGUUUACAUGCAGCUUGUUCGCAUGAUAAUAUUGAUGUUGUUAAGAGAUUAGUUAAAUCAGGAAUUGGUCUAAAUACAAAGAACGAACUUGGAAGAAAUUGUUUGUUUAGUGCUGUUUGUUCUAUGAAAAUUAAUGUUGUUAAAUAUCUGUUGGAAAGCGGAAUGAAUAUUAAUGAUGUUGAUGAUAAAGGAAAUACUCCUGCUUUGGCACUGAUGCUCGCAAAAGGAAAAGAUGCAAAGCCAAUUUACUAUAAGUUCUUGGUCUCUGCACAAGCAAAUCUUAAAAAGAAAAAUAAAGAUAAUCAAAGUGUAAAGAAACUCGCAACACUGUUUAAUUUGGAUGAAAUUGUCAAUUUAUGUUCGGAAAAAUAA